UCAAGUUGUGGUUGAUACUAAAGAAACAAUCAUAGUAAAGAAACUUCCCAAGUAUACACUUUUUGAAUUUUGCCAUAUUGUACUAGUUUCCAGAAAAGAACUAUACUCAAGUUCACAAUGGUACAAGUAUAGACAAUUUUUUUUUUUUUUUAAUAUACAAAUAUGGUAUUGUCUCAAGAUUUAUCCAAAAUAUAUCACACACAAAUGAAAUUCUAUCUUUAAAGAUUGAACAACAAAGAAGUUUAAACUUAAAAACUACUACUUAGCACUUGUUAGAUGCAUGGGAGUUUUUUUUUUUUAAAUUCAGUUAUGUGUCAUUUUUAAAAUGCUGGAGUUAUUUUAUAGUUGCUAUAAUAUUCUGCUGGAAAAAUUCAUUGAAGUUGAGGACCAAAUAAAAGAUUGUUCUUGGAGCUGAAAUUAACAAGACAAGAAAGGUUAUCAGGGAUAUACAAUCAUGGAUCUCUGGCCGGUUUUCUGCGGGGAGGAUGAUUGUUCUCAGAAGGCUGGAGAGAGUUGCAGUUCAACUUUUCCUGAUCCAUCUUCAUGCACCAGCCGCAUAUUGGUCAUUUCUGCGAAUAUCCUGCUUCUGAUUAUUCUUGUUUUCCUCUUUUCUGCCAAGUUUUCAUCGAGAAAGAGCGUGUCAUCUUCUGAAUUCCAAGGCAAUUCUAUCUUGUCAACUUUUUCCUACAUUUUCAAUGGCACUUUAGCUUUAGCAUACUUGAGUUUGGGGACUUGGAAAGUUUUGCAUAUAGUCGUCUCAGGACACACUGUUCUACCUCUCCUACAAUGGCUAGUUCCGAUGUCACAAGGGCUGAUGUUGUUAAUGCUAAGUUUACUCUCCAUUUACAAGAAGCAGUAUACUUCUUCACCCGGGAAGUGGUGUCUUUUUAUGGCAAGCUUACUAGAGUCAUUUCUUUGUAUUUCAUCCGUAUGGCAAGUAAUAGUAGAGAACACGGUGUACACAAAAUCAGUCUUGGAUGUGUUACCUCUACUAGGAGUGAUUCUAAUGAUCAUUUCUGCAUCCAAAGGUCAAGAGAAAUUAAGCACUUGUGAACCUCUGCUGGGAGAAAAAGCCAAUGCCUGUGGUCAAGCUGAAUCGAAAGACAAUACAACUCCAUUUGCCAAAGCUGGAUUUUUCAGCAGAAUGUCGUUUUGCUGGUUGAAUGAUUUACUGAAGAAGGGCAAGGAGAAAACUCUCAAUGAUGAGGACAUUCCAGCGUUGAGGAUGGAGGAUCAAGCUGGGACACUGUACUCGUUGUUUAAGGAGCAAGUAAAUAGAAGUAAGCAAAAAACCUCAUCUCCUCGGCCUUCGGUAUUUUCAGCUAUAGUCUUCUGUCAAUGGAAAGCCAUUGUUGUAUCUGGAUUCUUCGCUCUGAUCAAGACAGUGACGGUGUCAAUAGGGCCUUUGUUUCUUUAUGCCUUCAUUGAGGUUGCCAAAGGAAAGGGAGCUUUCAAAUAUGAAGGUUAUGUGCUAGCAGGGGCAAUCCUUAUUGCAAAAUGCAUAGAAUCAUUAGCAGAGAGGCAAUGGUUUUUCAGGACUAGAUUAAUAGGCCUUCAAGUUAAAUCUUUGCUAACUGCAGCUAUCUAUGAUAAGCAACUCCACCUUUCAAAUGUGGCUAAGAAUACUCAUUCACCUGGUGAGAUAAUAAACUAUGCCACAGUUGAUACCUUUAAAGUUGGUGAAUUUCCAUAUUGGUUUCAUCAAAUAUGGACAACAUGCAUUCAGAUAUGCAUUGCACUAGUCAUAAUGUAUUAUGCUGUGGGACUGGCUACCGUACCAGCUCUACUAUUAGUUGUAGCAAGUGUGCUAGGAAAUUCUCCGGUUGCCAAAUAUCAGCACAAGUACUUGACAGAGCUUAUGGUUGCGCAAGACAGAAUGCUAAUGGCCAUAACGGAAUCCCUUACUAGUAUGAAAGUGUUGAAGUUGUACGCGUGGGAGAAACAUUUUAAGAAUGCCAUUGUAAAGCUAAGAGAAGAAGAAUACCGAUGGUUAUCAGCAGUGCAGAUGCAGAAAGGCUAUUACCUGGUUUUGUUUUGGUCAACGCCAAUCAUUGUAUCCGCAGUUACUUUCUGGUCUUGCUACUUACUCAAAGUACCUCUCAAUACCACUAAUGUCUUCACAUUCCUUGCCACUUUACGAAUUGUUCAGGAACCUGUUAGGUCAGUUCCUGAUAUUCUUGGAGUAUUCAUAGAAGCAAAAGUCUCCUUAUCUCGAAUUGUGGAAUUUCUUGAGGCUCCCGAGUUGCAAAACAGACGUAUUGAGCAGAAGUACCGGCGGAAGGAACUUGAGCCUUCCAUAAUCAUCAAGUCCAAUGGGAUAUCAUGGGUUGCAAGUUCUCCUAAUCCUGCAGUGAAAAGUGUAAACCUUCACGUGAAACAAGGGCAAAAGUUAGCUAUCUGUGGUGAGGUUGGUUCUGGUAAAUCAACUCUUUUAGCUGCAAUCCUCGGAGAGGUUCCAUAUGUUGAUGGCUUGGUUCAAGUUCAUGGAACGGUGUCAUACGUUUCUCAGAAUGCAUGGAUUCAGACAGGAACAAUAAGGGACAACAUACUUUUUGGUUCCACCAUGGAUCAGAUCAAAUACCAAGAAGUACUUGAAAGGUGUUCUCUUGUCAAGGACCUUGAAAUGCUUCCUUUCGGCGACCAAACAAUUAUUGGAGAAAGAGGCGUUAACCUCAGUGGUGGACAGAAGCAACGAGUUCAGCUGGCACGUGCACUGUAUCAAGAUUCUGACAUAUACCUGUUGGACGAUCCAUUCAGCGCAGUUGAUGCACACACCUCAACCUGUCUGUUUAAUGAUUAUGUCAUGGGAGCUCUUUCUGGAAAGAUAGUCUUGCUUGUUACUCAUCAAGUAGAUUUCCUUCCAACAUUUGAUGCAAUACUGCUAAUGUCCAAAGGGAACAUCAUGCAGUCAGCUUCCUUUGAUCAACUGCUUCUUUCUAGUGAAGAGUUUCGAAACCUCAUUCAUGCCCAUGGAGAAGCAACUAAAAGUGAGAGUAAUCGAGGGUGUGCUCCCCAAGGAAGGACCAAAAGGUCAGAAGAAAACAUUCAUCAGUUGUCUGCAGAAGAACAGCUAAUAACACUCAUUGGUGAGCAGUUGAUCAAACAAGAAGAAAGAGAAUCAGGAUACACCGGUAUUAAGCCGUAUAAACAUUAUCUUGUCCAAAGCAACGGCCUUUUCCAUCUCCUUUUGGCUAUAUUUUCACACCUCCUAUUUAUGGUUGGUCAGCUAGGACAAAAUCUUUUGUUAGCUGCCGAUUUACAGAGUUCAAGAACCACAAUGUUUAAUCUCAUCCUGGUAUACUCAUCCAUAGGUUUUGGUAUGUCACUGACCUUGUUCAUUAGGUCCUAUGCAGUGAUUGAUUUAGGCCUCAAGUCAUCAAAAUCUAUUUUUACUAAGUUACUAACGUCUAUAUUCCGAGCACCAAUGUCAUUUUACGAUUCAACCCCACUUGGAAGAAUACUUAGUCGGUUGUCCUCAGACCUCAGUGUUUUGGAUCUUGACAUGUCAUUUCGAUUCAGUCAAACCCUGUCCUCAACCUUCACCACAUACUUCAGCUUAGGACUAUUGGCUGCUCUCACCUGGCCAAUCUUGAUUGUUAUUAUACCAACAAUUUAUAUGACAGUGAUUUUACAGAGAUUCUACUUUGCUUCAGCAAAGGAACUCAUGAGAAUUGAUGGCACAACAAAGUCAUCGGUUGCUAGCAAUCUUGCUGAAGCCAUAGCAGGAGCAAUGACUAUAAGAGCUUUCGAGGAGGAGGAUCGUUUUUGCACAGAAUAUUUGCAACUUGUUGAUAGUAAUGCAGUUGCAUUUUUCCACAGCUUUUCAGCAACCGAGUGGUUGAUCCAACGUCUAGAAAUUCUCUGUGCAGUAGUUCUCUCAUCGUCGGCCUUAGCCAUGGUUUUACUUCCCUUCGAAGCUUCUGACUCAGGAUAUAUUGGCAUGGCUCUGUCGUACGCUCUUUCCUUAAACGUAUUUCUAGUUUCUUCAGUCCAAAACCAAUGCAUGCUAGAAAACUCCAUCAUUUCAGUCGAAAGACUAGAGCAAUACAUGCAUAUUCCUAGCGAACGACCUGAAAUAAUACAAGGCAACAGACCUGAUCCCUCUUGGCCUUCCACUGGUAAAGUGGAGAUUGUUGAUUUAAAGGUCAGAUAUCAACCGAAUGUUCCACUAGUUCUACAAGGCAUUAGCUGCAUAAUUGAAGGUGGAUAUAAAGUUGGAAUUGUUGGCAGGACAGGUAGUGGCAAAACAACUCUUAUUAGUGCCUUGUUUCGCUUGGUAGAGCCAACGGAAGGAAUGAUCAUCAUAGAUGGACUAAAUAUUUCAACAAUCGGUAAUCAUGAUCUUCGAUCUUCUUUAUCCAUCAUUCCACAAGAUCCUACGCUCUUUAGCGGUACUGUUAGAUACAAUCUUGACCCCUUGUCAGAGCACACUGAUCAGGAGAUAUGGGAGUGGCACAAGAUGGAUCAAAUUGGAGCAUGGGACAAAGACAAUUAUUUUGUCUUGGAAGAGCAUUGUUGAAAAGAAGAAAAAUAUUAGUGCUUGAUGAAGCAACAGCAUCAAUUGACAAUGCAACAGAUUCAAUAAUCCAAAAAACAAUAAGGACAGAAUUUGAAGAUUGCACAGUGAUCACAGUAGCUCACAGAAUCCCAACAGUGAUGGAUUGCACUAUGGUUCUUGCUAUAAGUGAUGGGAAGCUGGUAGAGUAUGAUAAGCCAAUGAAACUUAUGAAUAAGGAAAGUUCAUUAUUUGGGCAGCUUGUUGAUGAAUAUUGGUCACGUUCUCAAAAUGCUGACAUACAAAUUAAUUCAAUAUGAAGAAGUAUUUAAGCCAUAUAUAUAUAUAAUUAGUGCUUAUAUGGGGUGUUAUUUUUUUGAUGUUACCAAUUAAUACUUACUAGAUAUCAAUCUACAUAUAGCUUUAAUUUUUAUUAAGAUUUGGUAAAACAAUAAGAGUUGUUACAGUUUAAUUAGUCAUUGUAAUUAUGUAAUACCUAUGAUUUAAGUUAUAUAUGUUUGAUAGUGAAAAAUUAUUUA